AUGGGCCAAAUUAUACAACCUCGGGAAGCCCUUCGGAAUCGGCUGCAGCGUCGCCGCUGCCAGGACCCCGCCUCUCUCCCCUUCAAGCUCAACGCCGCCGCUACCCUCAUUAUCCCGUCUAUCGUGCCGUUCACGCUUUUGGUCCUCAAGCCGAUCAACGAUAAGCUAUUCGCCAAAGCCGAUGCGCUCGCGCUGGAUGAAAAGGCAGAGGUUGGCGUUGCGCAGGAAGAGACGACCAAGGCGCUCAUUGAGCGGUGGACAAAGGGACAUCUCGUCAGAACGGUGAUUACGGGCGCGGGUGCUAUAUUGGCAAUUUGGGCCGCGUUGGAUAAGAGCGACACUGGUAGCGUUGCUGGACUGAGCUUCGGGACUGGGGCGAACAGACUUGGGUAG